AUGACGACCGAAAUCGUCCUAGACACCACAAUGGGGCCCAUCACCGUUGAGCUCUACACCUCGCACGCGCCCAAGACGUGCAGCAACUUUUCCACCCUCGUCCGCCGCGGUUACUACACCUCCACAAUCUUCCACCGCAUCAUCCCCGACUUCAUGAUCCAAGGGGGCGAUCCCACGGGCACCGGUCGCGGCGGCGCCUCCAUCUACGGCGACAAGUUUGACGACGAGAUCGACCCGGCCCUCAAGCACACCGGCGCUGGCGUCCUCAGCAUGGCGAAUGCGGGGCCCAACACCAAUGGCUCCCAAUUCUUCAUCACACUCGCUCCGACCCCCUGGCUCGAUGGCAAGCACACGAUAUUCGGCAGAGUCAAGCAGGGGAUGAGCACCGUCAAGCGGAUGGGGCUGGUCCCAACCGGGGCUGAAGAUAGGCCUGUGGAGGAGGUUAAGAUAGUGGGCGCUCGCGUGCAAGAGGGUGGACACGAUUUGUAA